AGAGAGAGAGAGAGAGAGAGAGAGAGAGAGAGAGAGAGAGAUGCUUAGAUGUCUAUCUGAUCUUCACUUCCAAAAAAGAAGAAGUGUACGGCUGUGCAGUCAGUACAUUGUGACGUUAACUCUCUGCUUAUUCAUGUGGCCGAAUGGUAAACAGGUAGUGGAGGUCUGCAACAUGUAUAUAUACCUGUCCAAAUACUGUGCACCUGCACUAGUGUGGCAGCUUUCACCUACAGGGACAGAAAUGACCUCAACUGAGGAAAACACUCAGACAUACAAGAUGACGUCCUUGGACACCGACAUCAACCAACACUUCCAGGAUGCAAUUGAUGUGAUUCAACAGCAUUCAAAUAAUUCAUAUUAUGAUUCAGAGUAUCCACAUUAUGAAACUCUGGGUACUCAGCACCAGUCUCUGCAGUGUCAGAUCACCUGCUGCCUCGUCUCACACCCGUCUGACGCACCAGCCCCUGUAUAUGACUGGAAUGACACAGCUCAGCAGUCCUGGCCUCAGGUCAUCCCUGAUGUUUCCCUGAAUCACUCUGUACCAGCUGAGUCCCCUCAUUUCUACUCCAUCUUACCACCACAGAGGAGCAGCAAAGGUCGUAAGAAGCUCAGACUUUAUGAAUACCUCCAUGAAGCUCUGAAUGACCCCAACAUGGGUGACUCAAUCCAGUGGACGGACAGUGGCACUGGCACCUUCCACUUCAUCUCUAAGAACAAGGAGAAGCUGGCUGAGUGCUGGGGCCAGCGCAAGGGCAACCGCAAGACCAUGACCUAUCAGAAGAUGGCGAGGGCUCUGAGAAACUACAGCCGCACGGGUGAGAUUGUCAAAGUGCGCCGCAAGCUCACCUACCAGUUCAACCCAGACAUCCUGCACAGGCUCGGCUCGGAACAGGUGUCCCUGCACCUGCCCUGCCGCCCUGCCCAGGAGGAGGUCCAUGCCCAACAGCAGACCCCGGCCGAGCAGAGCUAUUUCAGCUCCACGGCGGCGGUGGCGGCGGACUGGCACAGCUGGUACGGUCACUACCAGCUGCAGGAGGACUACGACCUGGCCUCCAGCUUCACCUCACACAGCACCACCAAGCUCUGAGCUGGACGAUGGUUUGAUAAGGUUUUCACAGACUUUACUUUUCCUAUUCUCAAACUUUCUGAUGUGAUUAUUAACAUCAUAGAGUGUUCACAUCACUUCAGGGAAAAGUGUUUAAAUACCCUUUAUUUUAUGACUAUAUAGAGUAGUAUUACUGUAAAUUAAUUUGUAAAUAAUUAAAAUAUGAGUGAGGAAAUUUUUUCACUUUCUAUUUUCUUUUAGAAAAUCUCCAGAUUUAAAAUAAAACUGCCUCAUUCCCCCUAAAAAUGGACAAUUCCAAGGACCAGCUGUUAACUGAUACCUAACAGUUUUUGGGAAAUUUGUUGGGUUGGGUUUAUUACAUGUGAAAUUAUGUCAUAAUUUGGCCACUUUUGUCACACAAAGUAACAGCCUUUGUGAAUAUAUACUGUACACUGUCAGUCCAAUGUAUUUAAUAUGCUGUUUUUUUUUCACUUUUUUGUGAAGGAGUAUUAAUCAAAGUAUUAAUUAAUUGUAAAUACGUCUAUAAUGAGAAAAAAGAUGAAAGAGAAAACUUCCUAAGUUGAUCAAGAAAUCGUUUCCUUAAAAAAAAUAAAAGAAAAAGAAGAAAAAACAACUUUUAAAUGAUAAUGGCCUGGAUCUAACAAGAUUUUGAUCAGUUGGACACCUUUGAUUAUUAUUAUUAUUAUUAUUUUACUUUUAACAUAUUUUAAGUUUAUAGUUGAGUUAGUAGUUAUUUAUUCUCAACUCACGUGCAUUUAAUAAAACAUUAACUAAGAGUCUAAAUAAGAUCAGAAUUAAAUGUCUAAGAGAGAAAUUAAUUAAAAAAAAUAAAAAAUCAAUAUCUAUAAAUAUUGUGGCUCACAGUCCACUAUGAAAUGGCAUCUAGAAAUAGGAAAAAAUGAUAACUAAACUAAACAAUACAACAGAUCUUUUUUCAUUUCUUAGUUACUAUAUAUCUAACUUGAUCUAUAGUUUCUAAUCUAGAGCAAUUCCAAUAAUUUUACAAAAUUUUCAAAAAUAAGAUGUUAAAAAAACUUUUUAAUUCCAAAAAUGACACACUGUUUUGAGGUAAUAAUGACUGUAUUUCAUCAUAAUCUAAAUGUUAUGUAAGUUGCGUAUGGCUCCUGUUGUUACAGCAGCAGCAAGUGAUAAACAUUCUGUGCAAUUACAUGUAAAUGUUGAUAAUUUUCUUUAUACAAUUAUUCUGGAAAUAUUAUGUUUGUAUACUUAUAUUUAUUGUGUAAUUCUUUGUUGGAAUCUUUUUAAUAUGACCAAUAAAUCGAUCUGUGUUCUCUCA